CGGAUGGACAUGUCCCUGCUUCAGGGAGGUUAAGACGCUGAAUAAGAAGGACUGCGGUAUCACAACCCAAGUUAUCCCCGGACAUCUUUGGAUUGCCCUUUCCUGGACAAGUCAGUCUCUGAAUAACAACUAUUCCCAGGGGGAGAAAUAGACAGGAUCCCAGAAUUCUGAAGGCUGCAAACUUUGAAUGCAUGAAACAUGACAGAUGGGCAGGAGCUGGGACAGGAAGGAAGAGAUGAUUCUGCUAACUGCACUUGUGUGUCUGGCCACUGGGUUACAGCAGUCUGUUGGACAGGAUCCAGCUCCAGUAUAUGCUGCUUUGUCUACUGACUUGCCAGAAGUGCAAAUAGAGAUCACUGACCAGCACAAUGAGCUCAGGAGAUUGGUAUAUCCAACAGCUAGAAACAUGCUGAAGAUGGUAUGGAAUGCUGAAGCUGCAAAGAAUGCUAAAAGUUGGGCAGAACAAUGCGUUUAUUCCCAUAGUCCUGUAUCCAGAAGAAACGUUGGAAAUAUCACUUGUGGUGAAAAUCUCUAUUAUUCAAGUGUUCCCAAAUCAUGGUCAUCUGCACUCCAAGGCUGGUUUGAUGAGAGAGAUUCCUUCACAUUUGGUGUUGAACCAACAUCAUCAAAUGCAGUGACUGGACACUAUACUCAGAUGGUUUGGUAUAAGUCUUAUGAGAUUGGAUGUUCAUUUGCUUUCUGUCCAUACUCGGCUCUGUACAAGUACUAUUAUGUUUGCCAUUACUACCCUGCGGGAAAUGUAGUAGGAUCAACUAUGACACCUUACAAAAAAGGAAACCCAUGCGGCGACUGUCCUGAUGCUUGUGACAAUGGACUGUGCACCAAUCCUUGCAAGUAUGAAGAUACGUAUGCCAACUGUGGUCAAUUAAAAAAGCAAUAUACCUGUAAACACCCGUUUGUCCUAAAAUAUUGUACUGGUUCCUGUCAGUGCACCACUGAAAUACAGUAAUAACUUAAAGUUAGCCUCUGCAGUAAAAUGAAAAUAAAUAAAAUCACAUAUUUCCAAACUAGAUAUAAUUCUAGAUAAAGAUUCUAACAAUGUAUUCUGCAUUGUAUGCUGUGAUCCUCCUCCUGUGUAAGUUUCAUGUUGUAUUAAGUCUCACUUAGCUAUUAACUAGGGGCAUCUGGUCUUCUCAAUCUGCCUGUAGAACUCCUUUGACGUCAAUGAAAUAAAACCCCCUUAACCAUGUUGUUCUUUGCCUUGAGACAAUUGUUAUAUUUGGAAAAUUUUAAAACCUGUGACAAAAUUAGCCCACAUCUUUUCAUUUAAUACUCAUUAAAACAGUGAUGAUUUUUAUUUUUGUUUUAAAUUCUGCACAUGCUGAGUUCUGCAUAGCAUUCAGGGCAGUAGGUUCUAAUCUCAUUUAAACUGGAGUAAAAUCCAGAAUAACUCUAUUGGAUUCAGUAGAGUUGUUCCAGAUUUAUUCCAGUAUAAAUGAGAUCAGAACCUUGCCCAGAAAGAUCCCACUUCAUUGUCAACUUGGUUUUACACAAAAUCCCAUUUUAAUUACUGAAGGAGCUGAUUGAAGGAACUUUCUUUUAAAAUGGGCAAAGCUUAUUUGAAAAUGUACUUUUUAGUUGUAUGCAAGAAAAACAAUCAUGGCUUGAAGCCCAUAGAAGAAAGAAACCUGACACUUAAGUAUAUUAAUUUCACUUACUUAAUAACUUCAUUUUGUUUUUGUGACCUUUCUCUUUGUGAUAUUCCUGCAAAAUAAACACCUUAAUUAUC